UGGUGAGGCUAUAUAUUUAUGAUGUGUUUCGAUCUUGUUGCCUAAUUUGGUGGCGGAAAGAAAGGCAGAGAUCUGCUUCAAUCCUUCUCUCCUAUAUUCAUCUUCUCACAGUGAUUAGGCGGCGGAUCCAAAUUGCUAAAGUUGACCUAAUGCAAAAUCACUCAUUGUUAUUGUUGACUAUCUGGAAAUUUCAGAUUGAAGGCCAAGGUCUUGAAAAAUAACGAGUGGGAUUUAAUUGAAGUUUGGAUAUUCGUCUGCACUAAGAAGAAUCAAUCAGAUGGAUAUAGCGAAGGAUUUAACCGCAGGUACUGUUGGAGGAGCAGCACAAUUAAUAGUUGGCCACCCUUUUGAUACCAUCAAAGUCAAGCUCCAAAGCCAGCCUACUCCACUUCCAGGGCAACCUCCUAAAUAUGCAGGUGCUAUAGAUGCUGUCAGGAAAACAGUGGCUUCUGAAGGUCCGAGGGGUUUAUACAAAGGUAUGGGAGCUCCACUUGCCACUGUAGCUGCUUUCAACGCUUUGCUUUUCACGGUUAGAGGUCAAACUGAGGCGUUUUUAAGGUCGGAACCUGGAGCUCCUCUUACUGUCAAGCAGCAAAUGCUUUGUGGAUCUGUUGCUGGAACUGCUGCAUCGUUUCUUGCCUGCCCGACUGAACUCAUAAAAUGCAGAUUGCAAGCGCAUAGCGCACUGGCGAGUGUAGGAUCAGCUUCCGUGGCCAUAAAGUACGCAGGGCCAAUGGAUGUUGCAAGACACGUCCUUCAUUCUGAAGGAGGUGUGAGGGGUCUCUUCAAGGGUUUGUGCCCCACCCUGGCACGAGAAGUACCUGGAAAUGCUGUUAUGUUUGGAGUAUACGAAGCAUUAAAGCAGUAUUUUGCAGGAGGCAUGGAUACUUCUGGGCUAGGAAGGGGUUCUCUAAUAGUAGCCGGAGGCUUGGCUGGUGGUUCAGUCUGGUUUGCUGUGUACCCAACCGAUGUAAUUAAGAGCGUAAUUCAGGUUGAUGAUUAUAGAAACCCAAAGUACGCUGGCUCUUUUGAUGCUUUUAAAAAGAUUUUGGCAUCAGAAGGUGUCAAAGGCCUUUACAAGGGGUUUGGACCUGCUAUAACGCGUAGCAUCCCAGCAAAUGCUGCUUGCUUCUUGGCAUAUGAGAUGACUAGGUCUAGUUUGGGAUAAUUUCUCCAAGGCUUUAAUGAACUAGAAUCUUUACCCAUUGGAAUUAUUUGUAAGUCCAAUUAAUUUUCCAGCAGGACAAUUGUUAUUCAAAAAAAAUUUACAAUACCAUUUUUUCAGGAUUAAGGAGGAAAAUUUUGUGAGCCUAAUUCUGCUAAUCAUACAAAGGAAAAAUUGGAAUGCAUUAUCACAAUAUUUGCUAAUCUCUGCUUUCAUCUUC